GCCACCGCGCCGGCGGGCGACACCAAGGGCAAGAAGGCCAUAGCAGAGGCGACGUCGGCGUUCAUCACGUUGAUGGACGCCAUCAAAUUGAACUACGACUCCAAGGACACGCUUCACCCGCUUUUCAGCGACGUCUUGACCAAGUCGGGCCAGGUCAGCACCGACUUCGACGGCCGCAACAAGCUCGUGUCAUGGCUCAUCCGCGUCAACAAGAUGGGCAUUGCUGACACCCUCGACGAGAACGUGCUCAAGGAGAUGCUCUGGGACGUCGACACGGCCUACAACGGCUUCUUCAACCAGCUC